ACAGUACUCGAAGUGGCCAUAUUCGUCUUCGAAUUUGAGAUUUUUCCGUGCAAAUCGCGCCUCCAUUUUUGCCUUGACAAGCGUAAAAGCAAGUGAUUUUUGUUAUUACGGAAUUCUGGGGUGGCGAAAGAAACUCUUGGUGGUGUAUUUUAAUCCAUAAUUUUCUACUCCCUCGUCUACGCAAUCGGAUUCGGAACCCAUUUUGUGUGCAGGAGAAAGUCUGCUAGCUGGCUGGCUGGUUGGUCGGUCGGUCGGCCUGACGAACGGAGUGUGUGCCCCCUUCGUUUCUGGGGACACAAGGUUUUUGCAUUUUGUAGAACUAAUUUUAGUGACUUUUCACGGUGUUUGCGUUUUCUUCAAAAUAAUACUUCCGAAAAAGAGCAUUCGUUUGUGAUUCGAACACGGAGGAGUGUGAAGUGAAGAGUGCGAGCUUUCCGUUCCUGUUGGAUAUUUUAGUCGGUGAAGUGUUGGUGGUGCUCGGUCGUCGCGUAGAAGAGGAGAUUUACCACAACCGGAUGGUAGUACUGACGGCCGGAAAGGGAGUGCAAUUCAAAAAAAAAAUGUUUUAUUUCGGCCGUAAUUUUUUUUCGCAAAUUACUUCUCACAUUACUGCUCUGGCAUGCGAAAUGUCAAAUGAGUUGACGUAUAAGUAAACAAGGAGGCGUAUAACGCAGGGUGUCGGGAGUCAGUUCCUUCUCGCUACGAGGCGAUGUGUAAAAAAUCUCGGCUGUUCUUCUCUCGACGAAUGUGCAGUUAAAGUUUCUUUCCAAUCAAAGAUUCAGUAGCAGAAGCUGUGUAGAAGUGCACUAGUGUUCGAACAGAUGAUCGCACGUGUGUUUGUGUUAUCAGCAGCCGCACGAAGAAAAGUGUAAACCAAUUUAAAGAUAAAAAAACAAGAAUAAUUUAGUUUAAUCAGUAAUAACAGAAGCAAACAAAAAAAAUCACUAAUAAAAAGAAAAUACGUUCGAUGAAAGGAAGAAUUCUAUUUGAUUGUAUGGUUUUGGUGGACAACGAAAAACGAGUAAAGAUAAACUAGCCAAGAUUGGUCGCAGCAGCAGCUCAAAAGCCAGCAGAAACAAUUGUUCGGGCUGUCGGAAGCAGAUAGACAAUGUCCAUGGACAAUCGGAACACCUCGGCCCUGUUCAAGCGGGCCGAGCAGUUGAAACGCUGGGAGGAAUCGGAAACGAACAAGCAGAGCGGCACUCCGAAGAGUCCGUCGAUGCGCCGGAUCAAGUUCUCCUCCGGUUGUAUCUUUCUGGCCGCUUGCGUGGCCGGCGAUAAGGACGAAGUGUCCCGACUGCUGGAAACCGGAGCUGACAUCGAUACGGCCAACGUGGACGGGUUGACGGCGUUGCAUCAGGCCUGUAUAGACGAUAAUUUGGAUAUGGUGGAAUUUCUGGUACAGAAUGGAGCAGAUGUGAACAGGAAAGACAACGAAGGAUGGACUCCCCUGCAUGCCACAUCUUCCUGCGGAUUUCUCAGUAUAGCCCGCUAUCUGAUAGAGAACGGUGCCGACCUGGCGGCCAUCAACAGCGACGGCGAGCUGGCACUGGAUCUAGCCUGCUCGGACGCGAUGGAGGAUCUCAUCCAGCGACACAUCGACGAGCAGGGCAUCGAUUGCGACGACGCUCGCCAGAUCGAGGAGAAAAUAAUGCUGAUCGACGCGAAACGGUGGCUCCGCAGCGACAGCACCGACUGUGAUAAACCUCACCCGAAGACUGGCGCGACCGCGGUCCACGUGGCGGCGGCGAAAGGAUACAUCAAAGUGCUCGGUUUGCUGCUGGACGGACGAGGGGACUUUGACAAGCAAGACGUGGACGGCUGGACGCCGCUGCACGCGGCCGCCUACUGGGGCCAGAAGGAAGCGGUACAGAUGCUAUUGAACGCCAACGUGGAUAUCGACAUUCAGAACUACAGCGGCCAGUAUGCGAUCGACAUUGCACAAAAGGACAUCGUCGGGCUGCUCGACGAGGCCAGGAAGAACAUCAAGCGACCCAAACGGCGACCUGCUAGUCAUAUUAGAAUUACGGAUACUAUUGAGAAUAGCAUCGAAACACCCACGAAGGUCAUUCGGGUAGAAGUAAAGCCGAUCGACAGCAAAGAGAAAGAAGAAGUUCCUGAGAAAGAAAAUCAGCCAACCGAGCCCGAUGUGAUACUACGACGGACGCAGAGUUUCGAGAGCGAUGAAAAGUUCUAUCAAAAGUACGUCGAACUGCGGGCCCGAAUACAGGCCAACUCGUGCCCGAUACUACCGAACACGAACAAUGCAGCCAACGCGACGAAAACUGCCGUCAGCAACUACCUGGUACAAAGGUCAGCCUCGCUCAAAGACCACCGAACGCUAAGGAAAGCUACCAGCAACUUGGUGCUGGGCAGCACGGGCAGUACCGCCGGCAGUCCCGCCGCUACAGGAAAUGUACAAACCCCCACGACGCCAUCGGCCACGUCACCUCCAACUAGUCCCACCGGUACGCCAACCACGACACCCAGCGCCGGCCAGAUACGCAGAUCCUUUGUGCCACCGACCCGUGACGAGGAGAGUGAAACGCAGCGGAAAGCGCACGCGAAGCGGGUCCGCGAAACGCGACGUUCGACUCAAGGGGUCACCCUGGACGAGAUCAAGAGCGCCGAGCAGUUGGUCAAAAAGAAAAACUCCUCCAACAGCGAUAACGACCCGGCCACCACAGCCACCACCACGACCACUACUCCGUUCGCAACUACAGUAACAACAUCAACAACCACCACAUCCGUGUCAUCCACAUCCACCCCCAUCAACGACCGUGUACCGUCGGUGGACCCCAGCGGUACCAACAGCAGCGAGGUAAGCAGCAAAGUUCCUUCUCCAGUAACGACGCCGCCUUCCACCACUAGCGAAGGGCAGGUAUCCGCUAGCUUCACAAUCAGCGCUCCACCCUCAUCCACCUUCAAGCCCCAGCGAGGCGACAUAGGUGGCGGGGGUGGUGGUGGUGGUGGUGGAGGAGGCGGUGGCGGCGAUCAGCCAACCACGCCGGAGGAUGACGGGAGCAAGAUCAGCGUUUCGUACACCAUUACUACUCCGAGGCUCAGCAGCUCAACCACGUCGGAAAUCUCGUCGAACACCAAAGAGAAAGAUAAAGCGGAAACUCCCACUGUGACAGCGGUGUUCAGUGUUCCGUCAAGCGCGAAUGUCACCACGACAAAUAACAACAACAACCCUAACAGUAAUAACAAUAAUCUUAACAAAAAGACUGAAUCAGACGAGUUAACGAAAACUAAGGCCACGAUUGGCGACUAUUCAACCAACGUCAGUACUCCUGCGACUUCGACAUCGGUCACGGCUACCAUUCGAACACCUGCUUCCUUCAGUUCCAGCAAGCGUUCGCUGUUCGACAUCGAUAACGCAAACUCGCUUACUCUGGCAGAAAAAUUGCGCCAAGAGGCAAACAAAUACGCGGAAAGUGAUAAGGAAAAUUUCGUUGGUUCAAAGGGACCAAUGUCUUUACCAAGCACUACCGCUUCUGCUUCUGCAGCAACUACGAAAAGUGAUUUCACAUCAAAUGUGGGAGCUCCGGUAAGCUCCGUCGAAGGUACGAUAUUGGCGCGAAAGGAUACAGCAAGCGCACCAUCUUCACCACUUCAUCACCAUCACCAGCAAUCGACGGGCUCAACGAUGGCUGAAAGAAGGCCAUCAUGGCGAUUGAAGGUUGACGGCGGUUCAAAGUUCAAGUUGGAAGAUGCUUCGGCACCUGUUAGCAGCACUCCAGCCGCUGCAUCUACUAACACCGUCACAACCGCCCCUAGCAGCACCGCCACUGCCCUGGAUUCUUCGAAUAGCCGACAACAGCACGAAUUUAAUAGUAUUUCAAUGUCUUCCUUGGCUCAGCGAAGACAAAACGGGGACAGUAGUAAUCUAAGCACUCGCCCAAUAUCGGCACCCGAACUUGGUUCCACCACUGCUACAACAGCCGUCAGCAGCAGUCAGCAGCAGCAGAAUGACGCCAGUUUGCAUCUGCGGAGGCCUCUGAAGGCUAGUGAGGAUAACAAGGAGAAUGACAAGGAAAACGAAAACCGUGGCAAUGCUCAGGCAACGCAGGCCGUUAUCCAGAGAAGGAGACGCCCGAAACGGCGAUCCACCGGUGUUGUACAUGUCGACAUGGAGGAUAUUGACCCAGACCGACAAGAUUCUCCUGUCGACGGGGAUGAGAAGGAGUCCGGAACCGAACGAGGUCGAUCACGGGUUGGUUCGACCGCUUCGGAGCUAGCGGAUCAGAAGGAUGCAGAGUCCAAGGAGAAUGGCGGUGAUUACAUCGAUUACAAAGCUCUCUAUGAACAGGCCAAAGCUGAUAACGAUAAACUUAAAGGCACGUUAAGGAAAAAGGAUGAGGAAGUAAUUAGUUUGAAAGCCGCACUCGACAGGUUCACUACCGCAACUACCAAGAACAACUCGCUGUCAGAGCUGGAAAAGCGGGAAAGACGAGCGAUGGAGCGAAAAAUGUCGGAAAUGGAGGAAGAGCUCAAGCAACUGGAUGCCCUCAAAACCGAAAAUCAGCGCUUGAAGGACGAAAACGGAGCGCUUAUUCGUGUUAUUAGCAAACUAAGUAGAUAGAGAAUAGAGGCGGCCACCGUUUAGUAAAUGGGGGCGUUUGAGUGUUCGCGAGUCUUCAAGAGAAACCUAGAGAAUAAAAGAAAAGAAAAAAGGUCUCCCCUUUCGAUGAGGAGGGAGGUGGAGACAAUUUUGGGAGCUUAGCUGAGGUGGAAUUUUACCACAUUUCGCCACAUCGGAAAAGAAAGAAGAAAAAAAAACUACACCGCUAGAGAGAACAAAACAGAAACAUUAAUUUUAUUACUAGACUAUUACAAAUAGCAAUCAAAUGAGAGAAAGAAAAGAAUACAAGAAGUAUCGGGAAUGUAGGCGGCUACACCGGCAAAAAAUGGACCCGGAAAUUGCGCGCAGAGUCCCUGCCUGCGAGCUAACUAUUAUUAGUGCAAGAGUAAAAAACUAUUUACGAAAAGAUCAAAACACGAAAAACGAUUUCAUUCGCUUCUUACUACUAGAUAUGUGGUGUUUAUCAGACCUUAUACUAACCAUUUCUUUUCGUUAAGUUUAGGUGGUCUCAACUUUUAUAAACUGUGAGAUGUUUUUAAUUUUAUCUUUAGAGAAUUCCAAAACACCUAGUAAUGUAAAAUGGAUUUUCUACAGCUGUUUUGAUUUACUUCAAAAGAACAACAAUAAACGCUGGUAAUUGAAAAAUCAAGAUUAUAAAUUUUGGUUUUGACGCUGAACUAUUAACAAUUAGCUAGUGAUUUCGACUUCAAAAUUUGAACAUUGAAUUUAUUUACCAAAUUUGGAUGUGAAACUGUGUUUGGAAAACGGGGAAAAAAAAUUCGCUCCCUUCUCACUUUAAUUUUGUAAAGCAUAAAAAUCUGACUUUGUUGAGGAGAGUACCGGAGAAUCUUUAAUCAAUAAUUAGAGUUGUAUCGUCGGUAUCGUUUUGUGUAAAGAAACAGCGAAAUAUAUUUAUAGAUUUUUAUAGCGGCCACGCAACAUAUUUAUAUUUAUACAUCAUUUAGGAAAAAGGCUACACAGAGAAAACUAGAGAUAAUAAUCACUUUUUGUCACAAGUUUCUUCUACGAUUGUGCUAAUUGGAGUAUAACUACGAAGGAAGUGGUUCUUCGUUUUUAAUAACAGCUCAAGGAAGAGCCAUGUGUAAAACGAACACCCACAUACACACACAUACACAACCACGGAUUUGAUCUCCAUUGGCUCCUGUUUUAGGGCUUCGAUAUAUACAUAGACUUUUGUAAAAUUGGUGUUUUUCAACAAUAAUUUGCUCCACAGUAUAACCAUUUUCCUAAAGUGUACUAUUACCACCCGCUUUGGUUUGUAACAAUUUCGUACACUAUUUGCUUGUCCCAAACUUCCAGUAGAAAUGUUAGCGCUUAAGUUUUCCGCAAUGUAUAGAUAGUAGAAAUGGCAUUUCAAUUAAAAAACAUUCUACUGCCGACGACCGUCUUUUUGCGCUUUCCCUCUAAAAUCGCUUAUUUCUCAGUCAAAUCCGUUUCCCCUGGAAUUAGUGAGUGCUAUUGUGUUAAAAAGCUCCUCCUUUCCCCAGCCGAGCAGAGGACUGGUCUUCCUCGGCUAGUACUAGCAAUCAUGUUACUUUUUUUUUGUUGAAAUUGGUUCGUUUGUCGGUAUUUUCGUGUUUAAGUGUAAAGAAAGGUAAAAAAACUCGUCUCGAAAUACAGAGACGAAAAACAGUUUGGCCACAAACGAGUCCACAUUAAUCUACUGUUAUUUGUGUUAUUAUUAUAUGUCUUGAAUUUAGUUCAUCGAUAUUUGCUUUUAGGUCAUUGAAAUAUGUAUGUUGUGAGAGGGAAAACAAUGAACAAACAAUAUGAAAAUAAACAAACAAGUACUUCCCUGUCUAUUCAUAAUAAUUUUACAACUAUUGUAAUUAUUGAUUACUAUUACCGAACAUUAAGUUGUAUUCUGUCCUCGAGAUAAGUCAAAAAGCACACAUGCAACACACCCAUACAUUGUAAUUUAUGUUUUGUAUUAG